AUGGCUCUUCAGCAAGUACUCGCAGACAUCUCAUUGCCCAUGGGGGCUCAAAUGAUCAUAAUAUUUGCCGCCACUCUUGUUCUCUAUACACUUGGCAAGAUUGUCUAUCGACUGAGCAGCCUUCAUCCCCUCUCCAGCGUUCCUGGCCCGUGGAUUGCCCGGAUCACGGACCUCCAGCUGCAAUGGCAUGCGUAUAUGGGCGACGAGGGCCAGUACGUGCAUUCGCUGCACGUCAAGUAUGGCCCGACUGUGCGCAUCGGAACCGAGUCUGUCGAUUUCGUUGAUGCUGGUGUGAUUCAUCCCAUCUACGUGCAAAAGGGUGGAUUCGCGAAAGCCAAGUACUACCAAAACUUCGACAUUGACGGCCACGCAUCUAUAUUCAGUCACACUGAUGCCGGGGCCAGAGCGGCGCGGGCCAAGGUGGUGCUCCCGCUAUUCAGCGCUGCAAGCAUUCGGCAGAACUCAAAACCUUUUACUGAUGGGUUUCAUCGGUUUCUGGUCGAUCUAAAGGCGAGAAAGGCAUCUGGAAGUGCCAACGUCCUGGAUUGCGCACGUCAAAUGUCUAUCGAGGCCGUGACCGAGUAUCUCUUUGACAUUCGUUAUGGGUCCUCGCAAAAUGAUCCGAGCGAAUUGAAAGUCCAGCCCGCAGGGAAAGCGCCUGCGCCCAGACUGUCGGCCAGCGCACUGGUGGAUGCCUUUAUUUCGACAGCCCGCUUCUGGUAUUUCGCACCUUGGUUGUAUCAGCUUGCUGAAACAAUUGAGGGCCUGGUAUUGCCCAAUCCGUCAAUCAAAAUCAGCGCCGAGGUGGUCGAUGAAUACCUAGACCGGAUUAUUGCCUUUGCCCAGGCAAACAUCAAGCAGACAAAAGAUGUUUCUUCAUCAAACAGCUACCCGGGCCGCCUUCUGCUCGCCGGAUUCUCGCCGUCCGAGGUGCACGCCCAGUGCAAGGACAUCAUCUUUGCGGCCACCGACACGAUUGGCAUGAACUUGGGCACCUUGUGCUUCAUGCUUGCCAAGCACCCAGAUGUUUACAAUAAGCUGCGCGCCGAAGUCGUGUCUGCCACCAUCACCAAGAGCGAAGACCUUCAGCAGCUCCCCGUCCUCAACGGCGUGAUACGGGAAACGCUGCGCCUGAGUCUGACCAAUCCCUGCCGCCUGCCGCGCGAAGUCCCCGCUGGUGGUUGGCAGCAUAACGGCAUAUUCUACCCCGCUGGUACUGUUGUUUCCGUAUCCAUGAUGGAGAUGCACUUUUUGGAGGAUGUGUACCCAGAGGCGCACUCAUUCAAACCUGAGCGCUGGGCCAAUGCGACUGAAGAGAUGCACAGGUGUAAUAUGACCUUUGGACUAGGAGGAAGGCAAUGUAUCGCCAAGACCAUGUCCAUGUUUGAUUUGCAUGAGGUUGCCUUUCAAAUGGUGCAGGAGGAUAUUCUUGCAGGCUCAACAGUGACGCAAGAUCGUAUCGAGAUAUAUGAAGGGUUUGCGGCGAAAGUCAAGGGCGGAGCCAUCAAGCUAGUUUGGCCAGAGGCAGGGGAGAUGACCCAAGUAUAA